UCAUAAACUUUCACCACAGCUCUUUCUCGUUAGUUGCCGAUUUGAUACUGACCAGUGAAGAACAUCUCUGAAGAUGAUCGUCUACAAUUACACGAUCUAUAUCAAGUAUAUAGCUUUCGCUGUGAUCGCCAUAUCACUACCGUUCAUAGCGUUAAUCGUUUUAAAAUUUUUCCAAAAGUUCAGUGCCGGAAAAGUGCGGAGUUUGGUUUGCUUAAGUGGUAAAACGGCCAUUGUGACUGGAGCUGGCUCAGGAAUAGGAUACGAAACCGCCCUCCACCUCGCCUCCAGGGGAUGUCGAGUAAUUCUCGCCGACAGAAAAGAAGCUGCUAAAGCUAAGGCAAAAAUAAUAGCCAUUACGAACAAUUCAAACAUCGAAACGAAAAUCCUCGAUUUAACUUCAUUGCAGUCGGUGAGGAAGUUUGCCAAGGAAAUAAACUCGACAGAGGAAAGAUUAGACAUUUUGAUAAAUAACGCGAGGGUGCUGAGCAAUGGCAACAAACACACCGAUGAUGGUCUGCACUCGACCAUGCAAGUUAAUCACUUCGGGCCCUUUUUAUUGACGCACCUUUUGACAGAUUUGCUCAAAAAGUCAGCACCAAGCCGCAUCGUCUUCGUUAGUUCAGCACUAGCUUUCUGCAGCAACCUCAAUCUAGAAACCCUCAACUACCCUGUUGACCAUCCUCUGUCCAUAUUCCGCCAAGGUAUCAUAUACGCAAACUCAAAACUCGCCAACGUCAUUACCGCCAAUAUAUUCGCUGAAAAACUGAAGGAAUCCGGUGUUACCAGUAACUCUCUACAUCCUGGUUUGGUCAAUCUAUACCUCUUUAGAAAAUCUGCCAGAUUUGAUGGAUUGAAGACUGUUUAUAGACUGAUCAGAUAUUUCUUCCUCUACAUUUAUGGCAAGACCCCAGAGGAAGGAGCCCAGACCACUCUUCACUUGGCAUUGGCUAACAGUGUUAAAGAUAUCACUGGCAAACACUUCUGGGAUUGCAGAGUCUUCCCUACACCUCCCGGAGCCUGGAACAAGAAAUUCUGCGACGAUAUUUGGGAGGCUAGCGAGAAACUGGUCAAUCUCAAGCCCGAGGAGAAAUUGUAGAGACUUAAUUUAUUUAUUUACUAUUUAAUUAUUUUACUUAAGCUAUUUUUUAGUCCUGUGUUUUAUAGGUAUUGGAGAUUAGACUUUUGAGUUUAGUUUCA